AUGAAGGAAUGCGCUGCCUUGGCAGAUGUGCGCCAUCCACCCAACGAUGUGUCCGACAAGAUCAAGUUUAUCAUCAACAACAUGAGCCCAAACAAUGUCAAAGAAAAGGCGAAUGAGGUGCGUCGUCUGCUCGACGAUAAUCCAGGCUUCUACAGAUGGUUUGGAACUUAUAUGAUCAAGGAGCGAAUCCUCAAGGAGGAGAAUUUCCUUGGACUCUAUGCCGAGCUCACCGAAGCGCUUUCGGAAAAGACUGCUAUCGAUCCUCCGUUCACGCAGACUGUUCGAACUGAUUUAGUUGCCGGAAUCAAGGCUUUGCUUCAACAGGAGAAGCAAUCCGGAGACAUGGACUCAAGAAAACGACUGAAAUACAUGGGUCGCUUCUUAGGCCUAAUAACCAUCGAAAGAAACCGUCCCAUUAUUGCCGAUGAGAUCGACUUCAAGCUACUUCUGCUCGAAGCUCACCUUCGAAAACGUCGAGGAAGUCCAAACUCAAAUGUCGAGCUCAAGUUUGUCGUCCCUUUCGUCGCCAAAGUGAUUGAAUCGACGAAAAAGUCGGAAGUCUUCGCCCUUCGCGUCGAAACCGUCCAAGAGCAUCGUCAAGAGCCGAAACUCAUCGCCACCGGUAACGCUUGGACCCGAGGUGUCAUGUGCACCCUUAUCGAGCUCUGCAAGGACCCUGAUGCCAUGGAAAUGGUCAAAUUCGAGGUCGAGCUGUUGUUGAAAGAGCAGAAAUUGUCGAUGGAGCACUUUGAAAUACUAGCGCACGAAAGCGUCCUCCAGAGCAAAGAAAUGAUGGAGACAAUCAUGUCUCCUCGUUACAAGUCUCAGUUGAGCGUGAACAAAGACGCUGGUCUCCAGGUUCCGAUUGCUACGACCCCUGUCGAUCCACGCAGUAUCCCUAGCAGCAUGGGUAACAUCCAUCCUCCCCAGCCGCAGCGAAUGCCCUCGCAAACAUCAAUGGAGCAGCCUCCUUUGCCAUCUUACACGCCACAGUUCUAUUACGACAAGAUUGACGUGUCGACAGACGAUAUGAACACUCUUCUUCCUUACCUCAAGGUCAGAGAAAACUUGCCAAUCGUCCAGGCUCUCGGCGGCUCUCAACAAGUCAAGCUCUUCCUUCUCGCCAAAGCGUUCUCGCAGUGUUUCCUCGAGCAACAGCCCUUGUGUGAUCUUAUCGAACGUCAAAUCGACAGGAAUUCGCAAAUCGCUGCCAUUGCUACUGAGGCUCUUAUCAAGAAGGACUUUGCUCUUGAAAUCGAUGAUCACUUGAUGUCCUCGUGCGCGAAUUACUUGAGCAGAUACCUGGCUGCUGGUAUGUCUAUGAACUCGCUUGCGAAUAAAGAAAUCGGCUUCGCCCGUAACAUCCAAGACAGACUACAGGAGCUGAUCAAGCAGAAGCUUGUCUCGACGCCAGAUGAAAUCAUCAAUGAAAACGCAAAGAUCCUCGUUGAGGACAACAUCGAGCUGUUUAUCUGUUUCAUUCAAAAACGCACCUCGCACCAAGCUAUAAGAAAAGUAGAACAACGACUUUUGCCUGAAAUCCGAACGCGUCAACGAUGUCGUACUGAUCCAGGCCUAGAGCGGCAAUUUGUCCAGAGUUUGUCGAACAUUCGACAGUAUCACCUCGCCGUUAUGCCCGAGCAGAUCCGUCUCACUCCUCAAGGCGUUAAGCAAGAGCAACUUCGUGUGUAUGAAGAAUUCGCCGUCAACGUUCCAGGCUUUAUCCCCAGCCCGCCGAUGUCGAUCAACCAGCGACAGCCAGCUCAACCGCAGCUGAAUCCUUCAGGACCAACGAGUCAAGCCUGGCUCAGCAGCAAUCUUGUGCCUUUAUACAAGAAGCAUUUUGAAACUUUCAAAAGCAAAAUGGCCGAAAUCCCGCGUCAGGACGUUGCGAUCCCGGCUGCCGACAUUCGCGGAAUGAUGCAAGUGCUCCAAACCCUCACCGAUGGUCUUCAAACUGCCGCUACCACGAGAGACUUAGAGUCGACUACGAAAUUCAUCAAAAAUCUUCAUUAUUGUUUCAUCGUUGCGUUCCGAAAGUCACAUGAUCCCCAUGCGGGCAGUGACGAGGAUAGAUACUGGAAGAGUUUUGCUUCGCUAUUUGCGCUCUGUCUUAGGGAAAUGCAAUCAAGCUUCGACCAAGAAGUCUCUCCCAACUGGUUCGCUAACAGAGUUCUUUACUCCAUGGAUAUUCAGGCUUCUUCUUCCCAAACGACUGGAAUUAUCGAUCCAUUUUACCUUGACCCUCGAUACACCGAAGAAAUGAAGCUUCUUUUAUUAAACAAAAUCGUCCUACCUGACCAAUACGACAAGUUUCUUCAACACUCUAUUAUUCAAGUCGCCAAAUGUACCCUUGAUCAGCACGCCACGAUGUUCAAGCUUGGAGCCCUUUCGCCAAGACAGUAUUUGGACCGAAUCAUUCAAUUUUGCAUAGACUUGUGGGUAUCACUACUGGCCAAUCCAGCCCAAACUGGGCCGAACAAGGGCGACGAGCUAGUUCAGGAAUUCGCGGAAACGAUUCCAAUCAUCGUUAAUAACUUCAACAGCCACCCGUUCAACUCCCUUUCUGAAGAAACUCGUUCUAAAGUUCACGAGUUCAAAACGAGAUAUCUCGACGCUGAAAACACUCGCUUCAAAAUCCAAAUGUCCAACGGCAAUACUGCCCAACAAAUGAUGCAAUCUGGCAUGUCCGAAGCCAAGAAAGACCUUCGCCAAGCAGGCGCUGAAUUCAAAAAUAAUACUGCUCGACAACUGCUGGAACAGUGGGUCAAAAUUUUCUCAGGAAGAGAUGCCGGCCGAGACUCGACCAGAGGCUUCUCGGCUUAUGUUGCGAUUCUCAACGAAGCGCACAUUUUGAAGACCGACGAGUGCAUCAAAAGAUUUAUCCGCUGCUGUACAGAAAUUUGUGUUGAUGUCCCCUCUAACCUCGACGAUAUGAAAAUGCGACUCAAUGUCUAUCAACAAAUUGAUGCAUUUGUUAGGCUCGUUUGCCUUCUUAUCAAGCAUUCCGGCGAUACAACUAACCCUGGCACGAAAGUUAAUUUGUUGAACCAGGUUCUUGGAAUUGUUAUCGGUGUUUGCCUCGAGCAUCAGCAGCAGCGUGGAAAGGACUUUGAUCAGAUGCCCUUCCAGCGUAUUUUCAUCAUGCUCUUCUACGAGCUCUGUGCUCCUGAGGAAGUUCUUGUCUCUAUCAACUGGCACACUCUUCAAGCCUUCACCCAAGCUUACCAUCACCUUCGACCAGCGAAAGCGCCUGGUUUCGUUUUCGCUUGGAUCGAGCUCAUCGGAUACCGAACAUAUGUCAGCAGAAUGAUGAGCCACACGCCAGAGAAGAAGGGAUGGCCCAUGUACGCCCAGCUUCUGUCUGACAUGAUCAAGUUCAUGGCGCCUCAUCUUAGAAAUCCAAGCACGAUGAGCCCCGCCUUCAAGCAGCUCUACGACGGCAUGCUCCGCCUCCUCUUGGUGCUCUUCCAUGAUUAUCCACAGUUCCUUCUUUCUUAUCAUUACGCUUUCUGUGAUAUUGUGCCGCCAAACUGCAUCCAGCUUAGGAACCUUAUCUUAUCGGCGUAUCCCAAACAUAUUGCUGAUGAUCCGCAGUACAAUACUCAGAAGCUUAUCUUGGAUAAUGAUGUUCACGAGAAGCUCAAGCUCAUGGGAGACAUGUACCGAGCUCCAUCAAUUCUUACGAAAUACGAGAACUCGAUCAAACCAGACGACUUCAAGCAGAAACUCGAGAGCUAUCUCAAGGACCGCCAAAACACCGAGUUCCUCACUCUUGAUCUCGUCAACUACCUGAUGAAGACCAAGGAAGACCAAAGAACAACUGGCACCAAGUGGAACACCCUGGUCAUCAACGCCGUUGUCAUCUUUGUUGGUGAGCAAGCGAUCGCUCAAAUACUCGGAAAGCAACAAGCGCCAAAUCCGGACACUGUUGCCCACAACUCAUUCAUGGAUAUCUACCAGAGCCUCGCAGUCAGCUUGGACACCGAAGGUCGAUACAUGUUCCUGAACGCGAUCGCUAACCAGCUUCGAUACCCCAACGUUCAUACAUGGUACUUUAUGGAAGUUAUUCUCCAUCUUUUCGCUGAGUCUGGCGCUACCGUUCGCGAGCAGAUAUCUCGUGUUAUGCUUGAGCGAGUGCUGCUACAGGCCCCUCAUCCGUGGGGUACGCUUGUCACGUGCCUUUUGAUGAUGAAGAGAAAGGACUUCUGGGAGGCCGAGUUUGUCAACUCUCAUCCAAACAUUCGAAAGCAACUGGAACUUUUCUACGAAAAAGCUCUCCGCCAGGGUGUUGCCUACCAAAAAGCCCCGCCACUUUCGGAAGCUUAA